AUGUUCCUCAUCGAUUGCUCUCCAUGCUACGAUAAUCGCCCGGUUCAGCUCUUCUGUGCUCUGGAACUGACGGUUAUUCGCAUAAACCUGUCUGACUAUUAUGCCCCAGAUAUGUUCCAUCAGAUUGAGAUCGGGACUGCAGGCUGGUCAUGGCAGGACGCUUAUUUAUUGGCAUUGCAGCCACUCAUUCGUUGCACGGCUCCCAUGAAUGGAGGCGUUGUCUUGCUGAAAGACAUAGCUGAGGUGACGGCGAUGGCAUAG